UUUUCGAAAUUACAAAUUUGACAACAUUCAACAAUAUGUCGUCGAUUUUUUUAAAAAAAAUUUUCAUUUUUCUUCUUUCAAUAUGUUUUCUAUUGAAAUUAUCAUCGGCAAAUGAAGCAAUACAAGUGACCAUUGAAAGUGGUCAAAUUAUUGGUCAACGUAUUUAUGAUGAACAUGGUCGAUUGUUUGAUCAAUUUUUGGGCAUUCCAUAUGCACAGCCGCCUAUUGGUCAUCGUCGAUUUCAUCGACCUGAACCAAUUGAAAAAUUAAACCAACAACCAUACGAAGCAUUAGAAUGGCCACCAAUGUGCUUGCAAAAUAAUCCUUGGGAAAAAAAUUCCAGUUAUCAUAAUUUCAAUCAAAAUGAAGAUUGUCUUUAUCUUAAUGUUUGGUCACCAAAAGUAGAUGUUAAUAAUGAAAAUGAAUUACGACCUGUUCUUGUUUAUAUACAUGGUGGUGGCCUUAUAAUAGGUAGUUCUGGAUACAAACAUCUAGAAGGUCGUACAGUAACAACAAUGGCCAAUGUUGUUGUUGUUAGUUUUAAUUAUCGAUUAUCAAUUUUUGGUCUAUUAUAUUCGGAUGAAGUUGAACAUAUUAAAGGUAAUAUGGCAUUUUGGGAUCAAGCAUUAGCAUUGGAAUGGGUGCAGCAAAAUAUCCGUUAUUUUGGUGGUGAUCCUAAACAAGUUACAAUCGCUGGCUGUAGUGCUGGUGCAUGGUCAAUUAGUGCACACAUUCUUUCACCAAUUACAAGAAAUUUAUAUAAAAAUGCUAUUAUGCUUUCCGGUUCGAUACAGAAUCUGGUAAUAUCACGUGAAGAUUUUCGUGAUGCAUGGCUAAAUCGUAUUCGUGCAGCUGGCUGCGCAACCGAUUCCGAUCAUUCAAUCAGCCAGAAAAUGAUUGAUUGUCUAAAUCAAAUGAAUGAAAAUGAAUUAGUAAAAGUGAUUGACAUGGAUAGUUUUAUAUUCACUGAUUAUGCAUUUGUUGAUGGAGAAUUUUUCCCUGAUCAUCCCAAUAAUAUGUUACGUGAUGGUAAUCAUAAAAAAAAUUUUAACCUUUUGAUUUCAACCGACAAAGAUGAAGGCUCUCCAUUUUCACUAUUGUUUUUGACAUUGUUAAAUCGAGCAGAAGAUGGUCAAAAAUUUGCUUUUAUAAAUCCUGAACCAUUGGAUUCAUUAGAUGAGGCUAAAGAAAUAUUAGCCACAGUGAUAAAACCAUUGACAUCGAAAAAAAAUAAUGUUCCCAUUGAUCAAUUAUCAAAAAUUUAUUUCAAUGGUUUGAAUCCAAAAACAGAUCAUCCAGAUUUAUUGCGAGAAACAGUUAGUGUUGUAUUAGGUGAUAUGUGGUUGACAUGUCCUACAAUUGAUUUCGGUCAUAUCCUUCAUCGUAAUGGUAAUGUCAAUGUUUAUCAAAUUUAUCAUACAUAUAAGCAAAUGAAAACAAAUGAAUGGUGUCCAAAAUGGAGUGGUACCUGUCAUGGUGAUGAUGAAUUUACAAUGCUUGGUGAUCCUAUCCGUCAUCCAUCCAAAUAUAAUCAACGUAUACGUGAUAUUUCUAUGGAAUUGAUUUCAUUUCUACAUUCAUUCUUACGAAAUGGACAACCAAAUCAAAAUGAACAGCCGGAAUGGCAAAGCUUUUUCGAUGUCGAUGAUAUUGAUGGAUCAAAAAUAACUGUCCGACCAUAUUAUGAAUUAUCAAAUGAAUAUCGUACACAUGAAAGUUAUGGAAUAGAUUUGAAACAAAGAGAAUGUCAAUUUUUAAAACAAUUUUAUGAAUAUCAUGAUGAUGAAUAAAUCAAUGAAAAUAAAUAAUCAGAAAAUGUCGAUUGACAU